AUGGUUUGGUUGGAAUCGGACGUGCGAUGGCGACGCCAUGUUGACGACGGGCUGGCGAAUUGGGAACGGAGAGAGGUGAACGAUGCGAUCAAUGGUAACAGAUGGGAUGGGCGUGGUACGAAUGCACGGAUGGGCGUGAGCAUGGGCCUUGUUGCUCCCAUCUGGCUCACCUGUGCCACCUCCACUCACCAGCUGCCCUUCCGUUCUGCCGCCAAAUUGUGCCUCACGCUUCAGUUCAGCCGUUCUGCUUGUCGUUCGUCUCUCUGCGGUCAUCACGUGAGGUGGGUUGUAUCCCUGGCUUCUUUGAACUUCAUAUCUCUAGCUCUCCCGUUUGCGUUCAUCCCUAGCUGCUGCUCUGCUUCAAUACAGUGCAUACCUGUCCUGUCUCACUGUUCCUUCCUCCUGCGUGAUUCCCUUCCUGCUGCUUCCAUCCCGUGCGUGAGCAUAUCUUCGUCCACCUCCCACGACACCCACACUGCAUCUCCUUCGUCCUCUUCCAUCACCGUGCUCUGCUCUCUCGCCCUCACGAUGCUUGCCCCUGUCCAUCCUUCGUCCGUUCAUGCUCACUUCAUCUACUCUUUUCGCUUCUUGGCUCGUCACUUCUCUUCUACCCCUUCUACCAUCGUUGCCCGCUGCCUCUUCACCCCAGUCUCAUCUCUACCCGUCUGUCCUCACUCACUGUGCAGGCGCAUUGGGCUCGCCCCAUCAGCCAUGGCUCGGAUGACUGCAGUGGCCAUGCUGCUGCCAGGGCUGCUGGUCGCCCUCCUUCUCGCCGCUGCCAUCACUGUCAUCACCAUCGGGCCACUUGGCAGGGAUGUCUGGCGUGCCACCAUUGCAGAGGACGUGAGUGACUGCCACGGCAGUGGAUAG